CAUACUUUCACACGCUCCAGACCGACCCCGACUAAUCAAAAUCAUCCCUCUCUCCACUCUCCUGAAAGCCACAGACAGAUCUUCAUGUGUGCCUCGGUUGACCCAUCAUCGUCCAUCAUCCCAUCAUUCAUCCACUGCGGAUACUAUAAAGUUGCGAUUCCUCCCGUUCCAGACACAGACACCCCCCCAGCCUAGUGAGUGGUGGUACGGUACGUAUAUACGUAUAUACGUAUCUAGGGUUCAGAGUGAAGACACCAUGUCGACCCUCCUCUUCGUCGCGACGGUCACCCCCGUCCUGUACCUCCUGUAUACCCUGCUGCAGCGCUGGCAACACGCCCAGAACGCCCGCAAAUGGAACUGCCGCCCCAUCCCUCACUACCCGGGCGACAUUGUCGGCAUCAACACCCUCCAGGAGGCCCUGCAGCAUGACAAGGACCGCGAGCUGCCCCUGGUCACCCGCCGUCGCAUCGAGACCAUGACCGCCCGCCAGAAGCGCUACUCGCCCACCUACCAGUUCCGCCAGCUGGGGACUGACAUUAUUGUGUCGUGCGAGCCGAAGAACGUCCAGGCCGUGCUGGCCACCCAGUUCAAGGACUUUGAGCUGGGUGCCGCCCGGCGGAAUGCGAUGCAUUGGUUGUUGGGGAGGGGGAUCUUCACCGCCGACGGCGAACACUGGACACGCUCCCGCGCGCUCCUCCGCCCGCAAUUCACCCGCGACCAAAUCAGCGAUCUGGACCUGGAGGAGCGGCACGUGCAGCAAGCCCUGAAGGCGAUGCCCGUCGACGCCCGCACGGGCUGGACAUCGGCGACGGACAUCCAGACCAUCUUCUUCCGACUGACCAUGGACACGGCGACGGAGUUCCUCUUCGGCGAGAGCGUCGAGAGCCAAGCGGCGGCGCUGAACACCGCGACGCCGCAACAGCCCGACAGCUUCGCCGCCCAGUUCGACCGCGGCCAGUGGUACGCCGCGCAACGCGCCCGCUUCGAGAAACUGUACUGGAUCGUCGACAACAAGGAGAGUCGUGCGCUGGGCGCGGCCGUGCACGCCUACGUCGACCGCUUCGUCGCUGCCGCCCUGAACCCGGACCCGGAGAAGAAACUUUCUUCCUCCUCAACUCACUACACCUUCCUGCAAGGCCUCGCCGAAGCCACCCAAGACCCCGUCGAACUGCGCUCCCAACUCCUCAACAUCCUCCUCGCGGGCCGCGACACCACCGCCUCCCUCCUCAGCUGGUGCAUCCUCCUCCUGGCCCGCCACCCGGAAUACUUCACCACGCUCCGCGCCGCCCUCCUCGCCGAAUUCGGCUCCUACGCCUCCCCGCGCAACCUCACCUUCGCCAACCUGAAAUCCUGCCGUCCGCUGCAGAACUUCCUCAACGAGGUCCUCCGCCUCUACCCCAUCGUGCCCGGGAACCGCCGCACCGCCGUCCGCAACACCACCCUCCCCGUGGGCGGUGGGCCCGACGGCACCCAUCCCGUCUACGUCAAGAAGGGCACCCCGGUCUUCUAUAGCACGUUCGUCAUGCACCGCCGUCAGGAUCUGUGGGGGCCGGACGCCGAUGAGUUCCGUCCCGAUCGAUGGAUGGAGAGGAAGGUGGGCUGGGAGUAUCUCCCCUUUAAUGGCGGGCCGAGGAUCUGUAUCGGGCAGCAGUUUGCGCUCACUGAGGCCGGCUAUGUGCUGGUCAGGCUGUUGCAGCGGUUCGAUCGCUUCGAGGGUGUGGGGCCCACGAAGGAGGGCGAGAUUAAGAUGGCCACGAAUUUGACGCUCGCGCCGGGGGAUAAUGUUACGGUUAGGAUGAGGGUGGGGGGGAGGAUUGAGUGA